AUGACACAUGACCUUCGCAGGAGUGGCAUUCCUGUACUGGUCUAUCCAGCGUCCCAUGCAUCGCCCGUAUCAUCAUCUUUAAUCUUCAGGUUUAACGAGGGCCGCGCGACGGCCUCCCUCCUGCUGCAAUCAUUGCUCUUCAUUCAUGGCUACGAUGCUAAGCACGUCUUCAUUAUGCAGUAUGAUGCCGAUAACUUGAAGCCUGGCAAAAAUUCCCUAGGACCUGCGACCAUUCCCCUUCCCCAAUGGCGGCUGGAUCAGGUGUCGCGUCAAGGCAACCCCCAGAUACGGACGCUGUCCCUGACAUUGAAGAAGAUGUGCCCUGUGUGGACUCCAUCAUCUCUUGGACCCGUGAGGCCCAAGCUGGACCACGAGGCUGCCUUCACUUUACUCGCCAACCUUGCCAAGGCCACCAAGCUCCACAUCCUCUUUGACUACAACUGGCUGCACCGCGACCACCACAACAUCUUCCAAACCCUUGUUGACCAUCCGGAGCAACUGAUUGGCUUCCCAGUCUCAAGACAUUACAGCAAGCAGUACCGGCGCGAGGAUUGGUCGGUGUUUAACGCUGAAAACGCUGGAGACGAUGCCACGACCGAAGACGAAGCGCCAGUUGAGGAGGCACCGCCUAUGUACACUGAGGGCAAUAAACGACCCAGACAUGUCACCCCAACGCCCUCCUCGCCGCCGCCGAAGCGAGUGCUGCUCUCGCCAUAUCCAGAUACACAUACGAGUCCAACUGAGAAGGACAGCGUAGCCACACCAAGUCCGAAGCCGCUGCCCUCCACUGCAACAACACCAAACCCAAGAUUUCUUCCCCUCCCCGCCUUGCCUCCAGACCUGCCAAAGUCCACCGCAUCCAGCCUACAGUGUCCACCUUCGUAUAUCAACCUUGACACCACAAGCCAGAAGCCUGCACCUUUCGUUGCAUCUUGCCCAGGGCACCCUCUAUCCCAAAACAAGCCAGAUCUCCGACGUGUUAUCGAAGAAACAGCCUCGACUAUCAUCCCAAGCAUGCUAGAAACCCUCAUACCCUCGCUCCUGCCACGUCUGCUCACAGCAUCAUCGCCAUCGCCCACACCCUCGCUGCAAUCCAUGGCAAGCCAGACUUCCACCACCCCCCCACCACCGGUCCUCUCAGCCCUCGGCGUUUCCCUCGGCGAACAUAUGACGCACCGCAUUGAGCACGAACUCAGCAGCCUCUACCACCACACGGUGAGCCAUGCAAACCACCUCCGCAACGCCGCGGACGCGCAGUUCUUCGACGAGCUCGAGGGCAAGAGGCUGGAAUUUGAGUGCGUUGCCGAGUACAGGUUUGGCGAGUUCAAAGACAUGAUAGAGGAGUGCGGGGAGGCUGAGGUCGAGCGGGUGGGGUGCAAGAUGGAUGAGUUCUGUGACAAGGCUAUGGAAGAGGUGGACAAGUUGCAGGAGGAGAAGGCAGACUUGAAGCGGGAGCGGGAAGAAUUGAAGAAUGACAAGGCGGAGCUGAGGCUGGAGAAAGAAGAGCUCAGGCUUGAGAAGGAGUGCUUGAGAAGAGAGAAGCAAGAGCUGAGAGUAGAGAAGGAGCAUGUGAGACGGCAAAAGAGAGUGCUGCAGAGAGAAAGCUACCUCCUCCAGAGCGCAAGACCUACAGAUAAGCUACAGGGGCAUAUUAUACAAGGCACAAGAGCAGCAAGUUUACCAGCCUGA